CGAUUGGUCGAGCGCGCGCCAGCCUAGUAAUCGUCACUUCCUCCGCAACAUGAAUUAGUGUCGGCAGCGAGCGCCAUCUCUCCGCGACUACCCUGAACUACAGGAACCUCCGCUCCGAUGGGAAAACUAGCGACGCGGCAGGCAUCUAGUAAAGGAGGCAUUGCUCUGACUCGCUUUGGCGUAGCGGGUGUAGUAAACAUAUGUGGUACGUUGUGCGUGUGGCGUCGCGCUGACAAUCGCGAGAUAAAUUUUAGCUCCCGGUCUCCGUCUCCAUCCGAUAGCCUGCACCUCGUCCAACCGAUCAGCGCCCUGAAAGAAAAAAAGGAGUAGGUUCCAUCUGGAGCCGCCCUUGAUGAGCCUGGCUGGCACCAGCCGUCUGGAGGUGAGCUGUGUUCUGCACUGGUUUUCACUGUGGAACGCUGCCCAGAGGGAGGCCUUCUCUGCCACACUGCUUGCCCACUUGGCACCCCCGAGGGAAGACCCCGCUGGAUCCGGGUGGGCAAAGAUGCUGAGCCAGAAGGGCCCCGCGUGCAGCGCUGCCGAGCAGUCUGCUUACCUGCUCAGCUGGUUCGGAGAGUACAGCGACCUGCAGCGUGACGACUUCCUGCAUGUGCUGGCCGAUAAGUACACACUCCUGGGACCUGCCGGUGACGGCGACCUGGGGCUGUCGCACCUCUCCAUGGGGAACCCCGAUGCCCCACCCUCACUCUUCCAAUGCCGCAUGAGCCUCUUCGACCAGUGGUUCCAGGGCUGGAGCGACGAGGACAAAGCGAGCUUCCUUGACCGGCUACGGUCCCUUGACCCGGAGUUUGUGGACAAGCUCUCCUCCGUCCCCAAUGGCACAGCAGACCACAGUCCAAGUGCGCCACUGCCACCAGCAACGACAACAGUCUUGGUCAAUCACUGCACGAGUGUAACAGUCAAUGGAGAUAGUCUCAAAGUCGAUGAGGAUGAAGAGGUGGAGGAGGAGGAGGAAGAGGAAGGAAAUCGGGAGGUAGUCUCGCCAACGGAGGAACCACAACCUAUGCCGAGGAAUGUCGUGUCCCCAAGCAGUGGCUCCGUUGAGGAAGAGAGGGUUUCGCCGAUGGGAGAAAAGAUAGAAUAUGAGGAACAAGAGGAGCUGGUGCUCUGAAGGUUUCACAAAAAUGUGCAGAAUGUGGCGCUACAGUAACAUCAGUCCAGUAUACGACUGGUUGUACUUGUGUCAGUGGUACAGGACGUCUUCCUUGUGUAUUUUCAAGUUGUCUGGCUGACUUUGUCAGGUCAGUGACAAAGCGCUCGCAGAAUGUGUAACCUUUCCUCAUUUCGCAUCGAGCGUUUAGGAGGUAUUGUAUUGAAUGUGGACAGGCAGAUUCAAACUGCCAGCAAGCUGCAUAGUGGCUUUGACAUGUGAUGUGUGAGCAGCCUUCUUUACUUUUCCAUUUAGGUAGUAAUAGUAGACCUAAUUUCGCCAGUAUAUUUAAGCUUUUGGCCAGAUUUGGGUGACGUGGUGCAAAGCCAUGCGAGUCGUAUAUGAAUUCUUGUGACAAUAGCUCAAGAGCUUCUGUUCACAGGCUGAGAUAAUUAAACCCAAUCAGUUUAAUGGUUGCUGAAUGUAGAUUUUGCGUGCUUAAUGACAAUAUUGUAUGUCUGCAGUAUGAGCAUUCCUAAUCGAAGUCCCAAGAUUGAGGAACCACCCCUUUCAUGUUUGUGAUGUCGAGAAAAUGUACCGGUUGCACUGCGCUGUAGGACUAGACUUGGGCCUAGGCAGCAUUGAGGCCACUGGGUCUCUGUGAUGCUCAUUCGUGGCUGAUAUGUUAGGCCUUUUUUGAUGCAUGUGCCAAGGCCAUCCAUUUAAAAGCAUGACAUUUUUCUUAGCAUUCCACCCGACAGACCUGUCAGCAAGCCUUCCAUGGGAAAGGUUGCCAUAAGCAUGUUUGGUGGCCACUGUAUCUUUUUGGCGUGGGAUUUGUGCCCAAUGUUUUAUCACUCCUGCCACAUAUUUUAAAUAGAGUAAAGUGGUGGCUUUUCCCUUUCUCUUUUUGCUACUGAAUUCAUGCGAGGUCUACUGCUCACUGAAGAAAUAUGUUGACAGUUGAUUUUGUUUUUCUCUGCUUUGCCUUCUGGGACAAGCUUUGACUCCAAAGUCUGUGCGGGUUUUUUUUAAGCACCAUUCCAUUUGCUUUUCCAUUCCAUUUUGGCAAGGCCUGUAUGGCUAUGUUGUACAGCCAGAAUCUUUUUUUCCCCAAUGUUUGCUUUGAAGGGCCCCUCACCAGGUUUGGCCAUUUCUGACAGACGAGUGCAGGUUACUCGCUAACGAUCGUGUCUGAAAAGUAUUACAGCGCUGCGAGCCAUGAAAAUAUCAGAAAUUUCAAGCCAAACGCCACGCGUCCUCCCUCUUCAGAGAACUCCACCACAAGCCAGAGUUUCAAGGUAACAUGCACAAAGGCGCUCUAUGACACAUGACUUGGGUAGUCGUCGUAUGCAGAAGGUUCCACGUCGCCGCUGUAAAUACAUCAUGCAGCAUGAAAGGAAGAGAAAGAAAGUAAUAUAACAAAAAAAGGAGGCGGGACUCGGAUGCGUGGACUUGGUCUCUUGGCUCCGUUGUGGGAGAAGGCAGGGAAGGAACAUCGCUUGCGAAGGCUGGUCUAGGGAAAGGGAGAGAGUGUCACCAUUGGCAGUGACACUUGCUUCCUGGUGGCAUGAUAACGAGAGAGUUGAUUUGUUCUAUUUCCUCCAAUAACAAACUGAUUUGAAAAAUUAUUUCGGUGCAACACUCCUUAGAAGGCGUUUUACUAUUUUCAGCGUGUAACAAGAAUUUGAACUAGGGCCUGGCGAGGGGUCCUUUAAUGCACACGUUCAUACUUGGCAGCUCUGUGCAAUCUGUUUAGCUCAACAUUUUUUGGUAUCUUACAGCUGUUUUACUGUUGAAUCUCCAAAUCUGUCACUGAUCAGCAUGUAUGCUGCAAUAGUAAACUACUAAAAAUGGGAACGAUGCCAUAUUUAAUAAGAGCCAAUACUUAAGCUGUGGUUUGACGAGUCUAUUCGUAUAUAUUUCUGUUUAGGCAUACAAUGAGCUCUGCAUUGUGUUCUGAUUGGCGCAUGCUCUGGAAAGUUAAAAAUCAUUUGCAGUGUGCCACGUUUAUUCAUUAUAACAUCUCCAAGUUUGUCAAAACCACGUGUGAACCUUUUCCUUCCUCCGUGCAGUUAACUUUUUCGGCACAAAUGUAUAUCUUUCAACUGCUCAGGCACCUCGGGCCUCAAGACACCCGUGCUGUGUUCAGAAUCUCGUCUCUGUCAUGCUUUAAUAAUGGCAGCAUGUCUACGCAGGCGGAGCGCUUUGUGCAUUGUCAGUGUGUCGUGAUGAGUCGUUUGUAACAGUGAGUCACUUUGUACUGGCAAAAGCCCUGCUCUUGAACAACGGUUGAAUACAAACAUCACGUGUGGCUUAUAAGCCCAUGUUGCAGUGAGUUUAAGCAUUUUGACAGAAAAGGAACACCAAUUUGUGUUUGCAGAUUACCAUGUCCCUGUGGUCAAGCCUAAUAGUAUCGUGUGCAUUUGAGAGACUUGGUUUGUGCCAGAGGCCUCAGAAAUGCUUGGUGGCUGGGUCAGGUGAUGUGGUGGGUGGGCAGUCACUUUUUGGCACUGAGCAGCCUGGCCAGCUAUCUGCAGUGACAGUGCUGCCCAAUUCUUGGUAAGGAAAAUCACCCUCCUACACCCUUCCCAGCUCUCUCCUUUUGACGUCACUGGUUGGUGUGAAAUGGCAUCUUUCAAAUGGAAAGUGGCCUAAAGACAUACAGCUUGCAAGAAAUCCAAUUCCUUUCUGUAUUGAUUGGCAUGUGUUGUGUGAGCCUUGAAAAUAACACUCGCAAAUGUUAGUUGUUUGAAACAUCUAUGACAUGUACAUUGAGUUUUUUUUUAACGCUGCUUGCAGCAAGCAACUUUAUGGCCAAGUCCCCCGGCGCUGUUUUUCAGUUUUUCGCUAUUUCUCUGUUUCAAAAUGUUUCGGUGUAUUGCAUUCCAUUGAUGCUUGGAACAAUUAAGACCACUUUUUGCUAUAUAUGUCUAUAUUUUUUGUGUAUUUGUGCAUUUGUAUGUCAUUGAUGUGUAGUAUGCUAUAGUUGUCUUUGAUAAGAGCACGAACAAUUUUUCACAUUGGAUGAUCAUCACUGUUGCUCACUUGAAAACUCACUCGCGUGCAAGCAUCUUGUAAGGCGUGUUUUUUUUUGUGUAUGCCGUAGCUCCUGCAAGGUACAGUGUGGCCCAACAUGUCAAGGAAAAUUCCAUUAGAGCUGAGCUAGCAGGUCCUGCAGCGCUUCUAUUCAAUCCGUAGUCAUUGAAGCUUCUUGAGUUGGGUUUUUCUUGUAUGUCUCUCAUAGUAUCCUGUCUUUUCUAGCUCCCUGUAUUCAUAAGGAUAGCAUGGCUCUGCAGUGGUGACUGGCUGUCUGUUCCUUGUCAAAUCAGUCCACACUGUACCGGCUGUCUUUUAUUAUACAGUAUAAAUGAAGUUCACGCUGAAGUUCUAGGCUUGUAAGAGAAGUGGACAACAGUUUAUUUCGUCUUAGAAUGUUUUCACAGCGCAGCUGUUUAUGCACUAGGGUUGUUGGGCAGGUACCAUUUUACACAUUUGUACUCUUCAAGCAAUUUUUCUUCUUUUUUCUGACAACCGACGUCAAUCCUUUCUCCUCUUGGCACCAUGGUUCUGCUGACCCAUUGUCAUCUCUUUUCAUACUGUCAAGCAGGUAGCGAAAUAGGAUAACAGGUGAGGAUCAUGAACUAGAAGUAACGAGCUAUUUAUGCAGCAGACUUGUGCCUAAAAAGAGAACUGCAGCAAAGUGACAAUGAAAGCAGCAAGCAUAGUCAAUGGUCAUUGAAACCAGACAGGUUGCUUGAGUUUGUCUACUAUUUUGUAUACGCUUACAUGUACUGCACUCACUUUGUCAUCUGUAUGCAUUCGUCAGCAUCAACUUACAUUAUCAUCUCUAGUGCACACUUGGUUUUGGAAUAAAGCAUUGGCUCAACCAUUGCUACAAAAGUGGUGGAGGUGCUCCAGAAUCCCGUCGUCGUCUUCCACUCACUCCUUACCUGGAGUUGUGCUCAUGUUGCCUCUUGAGCCAGUUGUCCAGCCGUUCAUUACGAAAGCCAUCGGCACCUUCAUGCGUUACAGUUGACACUACAGGACUGCACAAGCCGUUUUUCCCGGCACAAGCCCCGCCCGAGCCUGAAAGUACGAUGCUCGGGCCCAACCUUGGAUCGAAAUAUUCGGGCUUGCAAAGUCAGGGUGGCUAACUGGGAAAAGCUGGAAUGCUCAGGAUUUUUUUAAUAUUCUGGAAAUACUCAUGAAAAACACAGGAAAUUUGUGCUUCUAUCAGGAAAGAUUAGAUGUAAUCUUAUUGAAAGGGAACUAAAGUCACGCUAAUGCUGGCUCGAGUAACAGCAAGAAAUCGUAAUGAAUCGUCAUUGACACCGUGUCGUCGGCUGGAGGAGUUGCCAGUGUACAGUCAACGACCGAUUAUCCGGACGCCCGAUUUUUGGGACAUGCCCGAUAAUUCGGGCAGCUUCGCUGCACUGCCACGUACCCAAGAGAGCGAAUGUGUAAGAACGUGUGAAAUUUAGGACGCAAGAACUCUUCGCCAUCUGAUUUUCAUGACUUUUUGCUGCUACCGCAGGUCUGAAAUGUCAUUAAUCAAAGCCACCACCGCUGCCAUUUUGAUUAUCUCGCUGUUUGAACCAGCGCUCUUACACACAGAUCGGCUGGCAGCUGUAGCUACCACCGCGGCAGCGUGAGGCCUCGCUGCUUCGACGUUCGCUAUUAAGGUUCUUGCCGUUCGGUGCUGUGUUUUUCAUUUAAAGAAUUCGCCGCUGUCUGCAAUGGCACCGACUUCGCCCUUGUAAUCCUCGGAAUUUGCUUCAAAGCUACGUGUUCUCUAGGGAGCGCGUUCUGCUGCAAAAAUUUUUCAAAUCGGUUCAUUAAUACACUCUUAAGCUAAAUUACACCCUUUGAGUCGUAUCUUGCCACACAACAAUAAUCGUAAUCUGUCUUGUCCGCAUUUCCUUUCUUUAAUGCUGCGAACCCGGUACUUCCAAGUCAUGAACGGCAUGGGCGUUGUCAGCAUGGCAGAGCUUUCUCGACAGGAAAGUAGCGAGCGCAGCAUUUUCAAGAAAAGAAACGCGAACAAGACAUGAUGAUUAUUGUUGUAUGGGAUAUAUACACCCCAAAGGCUAUACAUUUGUUUAAGAGUGUAGCCGAGAUACAAAUAUUUCAGUGCCGCGAACGCAUGAUUUCAGGAGGCGAGCACCACUGCCAAACGAGACUCUCCACUCGUCCCGUCUAGCCUCCGCAAGCGAAAUUCCUUCCUUGCAUUCUCCCAUACCGGAGCACGAAAAUCGCGUGACGCAUACUUCAAGGGCCCCGCCUUCAUUUUUAUUCCCUCCACAUUUGUGUUCUUCUUUUGUUUCUCUUUUUUGUCGCGCACUUUUGCUGACGGCGUUGCACGCGAGCUGUUGUGAUUGUCUGGUUUUGCGAAGCGCACGAUUUUGCACGCUAUGCACGGGGACACAUGACCAACGGUGGUAUAAUUCAGUGCUACAUGAAUACUGAGGCAGAACAAGCGGAUCUUGGAGCAUGAUCACGCACUGGAACAUGGUAAAAGAUGACAUAGUUUCGGUACCUGCGUGACGGCAUGACUGUGCAGACAAGCAGCCGAAGCGGAAGUACAUCUCUCUUGCUUUGGUGCGAAAACAAAAACACGCAGACAUUCCGUUUUGUGUGUUUUAUUAUUUAUGUAAACUUCAAUUCGUCAAUUCAAGCAACAGAUCACACAAAUAACAUGUUGCUUUGAAUACAGUAAUUCUCAAAGUCACGGGUCACCAUUAGUGACGUCACACUGCGGACACGAAUACUUCACCAUCCUGCUUGGAGCGUGGUCGCCGCGAGGGAAAAGAAAAACUGCGUUUGGAUUGAAAUUUCAGACCUUUCUGUGGCGUGUAGCGAUGCAAUUCUUUGCAACAUGAUCGUUAGCGCGCAUUGUAUGCUCUGCGCUUGUCAGCUCAAAUGACCAGACCAGGUGAGGGGCCCUUUAACAAGUGUAGGGACAAUUGUCACGGGACACAGUGUGUAUUCUUUAAUUAUACACGCGUGCACCCCCUGUCUCCUGUCACAGUACGGCACCGAUAUGCUUAAUACGUGUACCGACAGGCCUUCAGAGCUUUUGCGGACAUGCCUGUGGCAAUUUGAGCCCUUAAGGGUAGUGAAAGACGCACUCCUUUCUUUUGACGUUCUUGCGGCCCCUAGGGAGUCCGAAAAAUCGGAUGUCUACUACAACUGAUGAAGAGGAUACUUCAAAUGGUGCUUAGGUGGUGUGGUGAUGAUUGGUGGUGAAAACUUUUAUUCAACAGAGAGGGUGAAGCUCAUAGGCUCCACUAAACUAGGUGUCGUCCUUGGUCUGGGACGUCAUUGGUCGAAGCCGCCGCUUGUGCCUGUUGGACCAGAACUCGUCGUUCCUCUAGUCCACAGCUAUGAGCAGGUUCGCCUCCCAGUCCUCUCGAGUGGGGUGGGAAAUAGGGGUGGGAAACAGCUAGUGUAGGAGAGUUGGGAAAAUCAUUGACUAUAAAUCUGUAUAUAUUUGUUUUCUCAACACUGUAGAGAUAUUCAGGACAAAGGCGAACCACGAGGAAUUGGACAGCGGAGUAUACAUCGUCAUCGUCAAACUAUUAUUAUGUGUACUGCAGGACGAAGGCCUCUCCCAGCAAAGCAAUCGUCAAUUACCCGUCUUACACUAGCUCAUUCCAACUUGUGCCUGCAAAUUUCCUAAUUUCAUCACUCCACCUAAAUUUCUGCCGUCCUCGACUACACUUCUCUUUCCUUGACACCCAUUCUGUAACUCCAAUGGUCCACCGUUUAUCCAUCCUAUGCAUUACACAGCCUGUCAAGCUCCAAUUUUUUCCCGCCAUGUCAACUAGAAUACCAGCUAUCCCUGUUUGCUCUCUGAUCCACACCACUCUCUCCCCAUCUCUUAAAUUUACGCCUGACAUUUUUCGUUACAUCACUGUUUGUGCUGUCCGUAACUUGUUCUCGAGCUCCUUUGUUAACCUCAAAGUUUCUGUCCCAUAUGUUGACGCCGGUAGAAUGCAAUAAUUACACAGUUUUCAAUGAAAGUUGUUAAAAUGUAAAAACUAUGAAUGUAACUGCACGUUAAAAUUUUUGAUACACAAUGGCUAAAUAAAGGGCAUAUAGAAGUGGCGAUAACGGACAACCCUGUUUUACAGAGGAAAGAAUUAUGCAUCGGCUCAGGCAGAUUACCAUUAACAAUGAUACGGGUAGAACAAGUACAGUAGCACAUGUGAACGCCUUUGUAAACAAUGGUGGCAACAUUUACGUAUUCUAAAAGUUCGAAAAGAAAGGUGUGGUUCACUCGAAAGAUAAUAAAUUAUGGGGCUUUACGUGCCAAAACCACAAUAAUAUUAUGGGGCACGCCGUAAUGGGGGACUCCGGAAUAACUUGGACCAUCUAGGAUUCUUUAAUGUGCACCUAAUGCUAAGUACACGGGUGUUCUUGCAUUUCGCCCCCGUCGAAAUGCGGCCGCCGUGGCCCGGAAUCGAUCAAGUGCUUUUGCUAAAUAGAUCUGACGCAGUGCAAAGUGGUCACAGUGGCAUGACCAGUACUGAAGAGCUGUCUGGUCCAGGUGUAGGUUGCUUUGUAUGAAACGGCUUUUUAAACCGCACAUCUGGUGAGGUGCAAUAAGUAUUGACAUUACAUGCUGGACUCCAUAGAGUUUCUCACUAUAACACCUAGAUGAAAAUCUGGUGCCACCGUCUAUGGGAGUUUCUUAAGGGGGGCCGUGCCAUCAUAGGAAUGACAGUAUACGUGUCUGCGAGGCUUGUGUUGGCUAGUGUUCUAAGAGGCUUCGUCUAAAACAUGGAUAUGGCUACACAAAUAACGCGUUCUGAAAGUAAAAUCUUCAUAAAAUGUUUCCAUUCACGCAAAUUGCAUCUUUACUCACCUACAAUGCAUGACGAAGGGAAGAAAAGCAAUAACGAACUACAAACUAUCAAAGCGAUCACGAAUCUUGUCGUCUGUCCUCCAACUUUAGCGGCCCGCUGAUACUUCUUACGCAUAAUAUAAUUGUACAUGCAAUAACAAGCUCUCAUAGUUAAACAAAACAUGUUUUUGUUUAAUACUAAUGCUAAAACAGUUUUUUACGUGCAGUUUUAGUAGAAAAUGAGUCAUUGUGGCAGACGGAACGGUGCUUGCCUGGCUCUCCGAGAACGAUGCCAAUCCAAAGUCACAAUAUACCGGCAUUCCCAUGGAUACCACAGCGCAGCAGCGCCAGAUUUCCCUCUAGGUAAUAUAGUGAGAAACUCUAUGCCAGAGUCAAUUGGAUACGACUUUUGCAUAAACUUUGCAGCCUACAUUCGUCAAUGUAAUGGGUCUAUAGCAUACUGCAGACCAUAACUUUUCUUUGUCACCACUUUGAGGCAUUAAGAUAAAAGCUUGGAGGAGGCUUAAGCUUGGUCUUUAAGAGCGGAGCGCAAUAGCAUUCACAGGUCCCUGACUGCUUUUCACACUUCCCGACAACUGCACCUUAUGCAGCCGUAAUGUUUAACGGGAAACACUGGCGGCGAACACUACUCACGAAGGCGAGCUUUCUGGUAGAAACGCGGCCUCUUGCGUGGACCGAUCCCCGAAGUAUCUAGUGCACAGCCACGCCAGAAAUAUUACAUUAUUUUCAGGCUCCUGUUAUUCUUUCGCAAUUUUAAGUGGUAUGAGAAGAAUAAACGUAAGACAUGCGCUGUCGGUGUUUUGCUUCAUGACAUUUGUUUGUCGGCUGUCAUUCUCAAAAUUCCGAGGAAUAAUUUUGUCAGGAAUGCUAGACAAAGUAUGAGCAGCUUUAGUUCUAGAAUGGUGUGGCAAUAUAACCUGCAUAUACCUCAUGUCAUAUAGCAAGGCGUGGCGUAUACAUACUAUAUCAAAAUAAAUACGGCAAUUUUCGCCCACGGACAACUCCGCCGACACCGGAUUUUCUGUGUCACGGGGUCCUUAACGCUGUGGUAUUAAUAUGACUUCUGGUAAAUGAGUGUAGUAGGCAAUCUUUCUCAAGACUAGCAGUAAAAACUUGAAGUAAAACAUGGUUUAAUAUAAACAUCGAGGCUUUGUAAAAUUAUCGGCAGAUUUCAUCAGGGCGUGGUGUUUUGGAAAUUGGUAACUGAUUAAUGGCAAGUUCGAUUUCUUGUUGGGCAAAUUGACCACUAAUAACAGAACAAUCACCCUCUGCAAAAGGGUUUACUGAGGAGACGAAAUCUGUCAAAACAUUAGAAUUUGGCUUUUGAUUAGAACUGAACAGCAUUGUAUAUAUUCCGUGUUUGUGAAAAGCACGUCAUUAGAAUAUAUGUCUGUGAUAUGCUUGGAAUAAAUGGUGUCCAAGUGAA